GUUGUAAAGACGUCCGUCGCGAACUGGUUCGUUCACUCUCCUGAAUGUAACCACUAGCCCGACGAUGCUAAGCUAGCUGUCAACCAGGUAUCCAGGGGUUUUGCUGCCGAGUUAGCCACCGGAUGCUCCCGCUCGUACCUUCCUGGUCGUCUUGACAUUCCCUCAACAUUCCUGGACGAAUUCGUGUCGACUGACCAGAGUCCGCGAAUUCGAGUCCAUUCCUGAUCCAACCUCGCUCCUUUAACCUCCCCCCCCUCUACACGCUUGUGUGACUUAGCUCGCCGGCUAACGAGACCCGCACACUCGGAACCGGGACCGACGAGUUGCACUUAAGGACCACACCCAGGCAAGAUGUCACUUCAUCAGUUUCUGUUGGAACCAAUCACCUGCCACGCGUGGAACCGCGACAGGACACAAAUCGCCAUCAGUCCGAGUAACCAUGAAGUUCAUAUCUACAAGAAGAGUGGAAACCAGUGGGUGAAGACUCAUGAGCUGAAGGAGCACAAUGGACACAUUACAGGUAUUGAUUGGGCUCCCAAAAGUGACCGUAUAGUGACAUGCGGGGCAGACCGUAAUGCCUACGUGUGGUCUCAGAAGGAAGGAGUUUGGAAACCCACACUGGUCAUCCUCAGGAUCAACCGGGCGGCCACCUUCGUCAAAUGGUCUCCGCUGGAGAACAAGUUUGCAGUUGGCAGUGGAGCGAGGCUCAUCUCUGUCUGCUACUUUGAGUCUGAGAAUGACUGGUGGGUGAGCAAACACAUAAAGAAGCCAAUCCGCUCCACCAUCCUCAGUCUAGACUGGCAUCCCAACAAUGUCCUCCUGGCUGCUGGCUCGUGUGACUUCAAAUGCAGGGUGUUCUCAGCCUACAUUAAGGAGGUAGAAGAAAAACCCGGCCCCACGCCCUGGGGCAGCAAAAUGCCAUUUGGGGCCGUGCUAGCAGAAUUUGGCGGAGCAGGCGGAGGGGGAUGGGUCCACUCUGUCUCUUUCUCAGCCUCUGGGAACCGUCUGGCCUGGGUCAGCCAUGACAGCACUGUCACUGUGGUAGAAAGCUCUAAGACUGCCAGUCCCUCACAGUUGAAGACAGAGUUUCUGCCUCUACUCAGCGUCAUUUUUGUUUCAGAGAACAGCCUAGUUGCCGCGGGCCACGACUGUUGCCCCAUGCUGUUCCGCUGCGACGACGGUGGAGCGCUGACGUUUGUGUCGAAGCUCGACCUCCCCAAACAGAGCGUCCAGAGGAACAUGUCGGCCAUGGAGCGCUUCAGGAACAUGGACAAGAGAGCUACCACCGAGGACCGCAACACGACCCUGGACACACUGCACCAGAACAGCAUCACCCAAGUGUCUAUCUAUGAGGGAGACAAAAGGGAUUGUCGCAAGUUCUGCACCACGGGCAUCGACGGAGCGAUGACCAUUUGGGACUUUAAGAGUCUAGAAGCUUCUAUCCAGGGCCUCCGCAUCAUGUGAAGAAAUCUUUUGAAUAAAUGAAGUUGCUGCAGCCUCACUUUUCCGUCUCCUCUCCCCCAGUACCCCUCCCCCCCCCCCCCCCCCACCCCCCUCUCAGCCCCUCCACUUGUGUGGCGCAGGCAGCAAAAUCUCAUAACUGACCACCUAAUCGAGUGUCUGAAGCACUGAUCAGACCAUUAAACACUCUUAUGGGCGUGUCCAAACACACACACAUACACACUACACACACUAAAGCUGAUGUGAGAUCACUGAUUACUUUUUUUUUUUCUUUCUUUGCUUUUAAAAUGAAGGUUAAUCAGGUGUAAAAGUGGAAAGGUCUUGUGACACGUACUAAACGUGAUAUGAAAUGUGUGUUGUUGUUUUUUGUUUUUUUUAUGUUAUCUAACCUCCAAGUACCAAAAGGUGAACACUAAAGCGCGUGUUUUAUCCAAAAUAAAAAUCUAAAUUCCAGGCUGUAUUUCGCCGCGCUCCAAUCCGAACGUGAUCUCCUGUGCAGGUGUGGUGAGCAACGUGCGAUUGUUGGUCCUCACCGAAGGAUCGUAAAUAUCCUUCAGCUGGUGAAACUGUGGUUUAUAUAACAACCAGGGGUGUGUAAAUGCUCUGAUCACACAUUGAUGGUUGUGUCGUGGAAACCUGUACCGGAUCGGAUGUUGGAGAAGAGAAAGCAGCUGUUGAGACUGUGCAGCGUUACGGCUGGCCAGCACUGUUCUCUGUAACUACCACACUAAAACCACACAUGACGGAGGAUUUCUAUGUAACUGAUUAUGAGGUAGAAAUGAAAUAAAAGCUGAAUUACAUUUACACUACACGA